UGAAGAAAAUGUAACAAAUACACCUGGAAAAUGUUUGUAUUUCCAUAAAUUUGUAGCUCAGCUGCUCAUAACAUGAGGAGCCCAUGUUUACCCUGUAAAAAUGUGUAAUAAAAUAUACAUCUUAUUAAAAGUAAGGGAUGUGGAGGGACAGGCACAGUAUUAACAAACCAUGCAAUCUUACCAUUUGGAAUGAAAUACCUAAUGCUUCUAAUCUAAGUUGUCAAAAUGGACCCCGCAAGAAAGAUUUGGUGCUGGAUGCAUUUCUCCCCAACCUCCACAUCAGCCAGAUUAAAUAUAGGGCAUUGUGGCACUGCUGUUGAUGUUACACAUACUGUAAAGUGUUACUGUGGUUUUCUUUCUCUGUAGUGAACUUUUUCAAUGUGAAGUCUGGAAAAGAGUGCAAGGCAGAGGGAGUGUUUAUGCUUCUGGAUCCAUGGUGGGAGGUUACCGGCACUGGGCGGUUCUGCAGAAACGGGCUAGUGCUUCAGGGCCCGCUCUUCUACAGGCUACGAACUGACCGUGGAGAGAUGGGCCACGCCCUCGUGGCCCUGUUCCUGAAAGCUUGCACCGUGCAUUCACAUCAUGUCGGUAUGUUUAUGGAGUGGCUCCGGCGGGGGAGAGACGUGGGCUUUGCAAACUUGCUGCAGCUUUUGGAUGAAUUCUGGGAAGAAAAGAAAGAGUGUACCACAUGUGAAGAGGAGAUGAAUCCAAUAAAGAGUCAUAUCUUUAACUCUGUUGCAGGGAAACGAAUGCUUGCGGCAGCUUCGUAUCCUCUGGUGGUAAAGUACCUCCCCACCCUGCUGCCCCAGCAUUUCCUGGAACUUGUCCAAAGAGGAAGAGAGCCAAUCAGCCACAAACACCAGGACAAGCCCCAGGAGUCCCUCUCUUUACUGAGCAGCCUAGAAGACAUGAUCCACACAGAUGUGUGGAAGCUAGGUUUCAACUCUGUGUAUGACAAUUUGAAGAAAAUCUGUCGUGGCUCUGGCAGCACCUAUGAGGAACUGUCAAAACUGAAAGACAAAAUGCCAGAUGUUGACUUUUGGAAUGCGAUUUUGUUUCUCAAGCAGCAGGGUGUGGUGGUGCAAGAGAAACAGCGUGUAGCCCUGAAGAAUUUGUAUACUUAUGAGACUGACAUUGCCAAUUGUCUGAACCAUCUCAUGACAGUGGAUCCCUGGCAUAUCAACUUGGAUGUAAAGGAAGUUCUUCGUAAAGCCCAGGAGGAGAGAGCAAAGCACAAAGCAAAGGAUUGUUAUGAUGCAGAUGAAGGUGUUUCAGCUCUUGGCAGCCUUAGAAUGGGUAACUCCAUCCACAUGGAGACAACUCAGUUGGAGUCUUGCGCCACAUGUGGGGUUCCUGUCUCCACCCACCAUGAAAUGAGCGCCUCCCAGCCAAGUCCUCCUUUUUCCUGUAAGAAUCCUGAUGCUGACCGUGAAGAGACAAGGAAUGGUGCCACCUCCUCAGAGUCAUGCCCUGCUGAGGUGGAGUUGGAUCCAGACCAAGUGCAGGCUGCAGAGAUGAUCUGUGCCAAUCCUGUGACUGUCAUUAGUGGGAAGGGCGGAUGUGGAAAGACCACAGUGGUCAGCUUGAUUUUCCGGGCAGCCAUGGAGAUGGAGAUCUCUGUAAGGACUGAGGUGGAGAAUGCCUGCAGGGACUUUCAGAAUGACACUGGUGGGUCACAGGAGUGGGAUGUUCCGGUGAGUGUUCCAUACCAGGGCCAAAAUGGAAAGGAAGACAAUGAGAAGAUUGAAAUUCUGCUCACUGCACCCACUGGCUGAGCAGCAGCCCUGCUAACCAGAAGGACCAACUUUAAAGCGUUCACUUUACACCAGGUGCUCUGGAGUUUCAUGAAAGCUGAGAAAGAUGAACACGGUGCACCUAAGAAUUGGAAGUUCUCCUCAGUAAGGGUGUUUGUGGUGGAUGAGGGCAGCCUGGUGUCUGUGCAGAUCCUCAACUCCAUCCUUUCUAUGCUGACAAAGUUUUCCCAGCUCCAGAAGUUCAUCAUCUUGGGAGAUGUGAGGCAGCUGCCCAGCAUUGAGCCAGGGAACACAUUGUCUGACAUGUUCAACUGCCUUCUACAAGUUCGCUGGGCCAUAGAAAUGAAAAUGAACCAUCGUUCAGAGUCAGAGCUGAUAAUCUGAAAUGCUGGGAAAAUCUCCGACAUGGGCAGUUGCCGGCAGUACCGGCCUUUAGACUUUGACGCCAUCAUGGACCUGAACGCUCCGUUCACAAUUCCCACUCCUGAGAGGUUCAUCCUGGUCCUUCUCAAACACACAGAUUCACCCUAUUUCGAUGAGCUACAGGAGGCUGUUACCAUGCUGUUGAAGACUGGCCCAGGACUGGAGAGUGACAAGACUUCACAAUUCAUUGCGUUCAGAAGGAAUGACUGUCAAUUGAUCAAUGACCUUUGUUGUCAGCACUAUUCACAUCAUACCACCAGGAACCACAAAAAAAAACUGGUGUUUCAGCUCAGUGACAAAGUGUGCUGCACGAGGAAUGGCUAUGUCUCUGACCGAAAGGAAGAGAGAGACCUGGGCCAGUUGAGUGGCAAGGAGGAUGACGUCGAGGAAAAAAGCGAGAAGAAUGACAAGCAGCGGCUCUGCAACAGAGAAAUUUUUUUCAUCACGAAUGACAUGACUGUGGUCCAAGGGGGUCCGCGGCAAGCUGUACAGCGGUACUUGACUCUGAAUGACCAGAUGGGGCAUGAAAUAACUGUCUUCAAGGAGCUUCAGAAGGAGUGCCAGUUGCAGCAUGCCUGGGCCAGAACCAUCCAUACCUUCCAGGGUUCAGAGGCAGAAACCAUUGUGUAUGUCCUGGGCAAUGAGGCAGGGCAGAACUGGAGGCACGUGUACACAGCUGUAACAAGGGGGCAGAAGCGAGUGUAUGUGGUGGCCCGCAAGGAUGGCCUGAAAAAAGCCAUAGAGAACCGAGAUGUGAAGCGUAAAACCUGGCUAGGGGCACUGCUGAAGAUGGCCAUCGCCAAGAGGAGAGCAGAGGCCACAGAACAGACCACACACACCUUCCAAAUCUGACAUUGCUCAACAUGGCUUGUUCACCCCAGGCAGGGGGGCAGUCUCAGGCUUCAGGUCUUCUCAGUGUACACCUUCACCGUCCAGUCAGUGCAGUCCAAGGGUCAGACAGACUUCUUCCACACCGUGUGCAACCCAAACCCCAAAGAAUGACAACUAUGGAAUGGAAUUUGAAACCAGCCACUUCACCACAACUUUACAUAGUGACGAUGGGUAUGCAAAGCACCAUGAGAAUGACAUGGAUGUGGAACUUUCUGGCUACAGUCACGGGAAUGUCAUUAAAAAUCUUUUUGAAACUGAAGAGAAUGUACUGGGAAGUCCAGAGGAUGGCAAGCAUCUAAGCACUAAUGAUCACUGUACCACUCCAUCCAAACGUCUCCAGAAUGACACCAUGGAUCCUGAAAAGAGCUCAGCACAUCUGAAGAAGCUGCGCUUUCAAGGGCGACGCCUAUUCCACAGUUCU